UCGACGGCGAACGACGGUUCGGCGGUACGGUUCGGCCGAUGGUGGUGGUGCUGGAGGAGAAGAAGGCGGUGUACUGCUGCCCGCGGCCCUGCGAUGCCGACGACGAUGUCGACGACGGUCUACCCGGGGACGAUCGUUCUUCUGGCCGUGUUGGCGUUUACGUCGGUCUUUCUUGGUCACGUUGACGCCGCCGCAAGGACGAAAGCCGAUGAAUCCCGUGGCUCGGCCGGCAAGAGGGAGGCCGAGCCGGUUAUCGAGGAAGUCACUGCCAAGCAACUCGAACGGCUCCUCAACGAGAAGGAUUUUGUUGCCGUGUAUUGGUAUGCACGAAGUUGCACCACGUGCGACAAGGUCCUGGCCGAAUUGGAGAAAAUCGACGACGACACGGACCACUUUGGAGUCGAUUUUGUCAAGAUCAACGAUAAACGACUGGCGAAGCAAUAUGGUAUCAAGAACUUCCCGGCUCUCACGUACUUCCGCGAAAAGGAGCCGAUUAUAUACGAGGGUGACUUGAUGGACGAGGAAAACGUACUGGACUUUCUCACGAGUUUGGAAGCGAUGGAUCUGCCGGAUCGCAUCGAGGAAGUGAACGCAAAAAUUUUAGCGAAGAUAGUCGAGGAUACGGAUUUCGUAGCCGUUCUUUUCUGUCCGAACACGGAGCAGUGUGCGGGCGCCGGUUCUAACAAGCCAGACUGCAAAAAAUGUCUCAAGGCUCUGCAAGAAUUGGAGAACAUCGACGACGAGGCCGAUCAAUUAGGUAUUGGCUUCGUGAAGAUCGCGGACGAAGAGCUCGCGGAUGAGUAUAACCUUGGUCCUCUCCCAGCUCUCGUGUAUUAUAGACAUCAAAUUCCAAUCAUUUACGAAAAUGAAUUGAGCAGGGAGGAGGACGUGCUGGAGUGGCUGGUGGCGAACAAGAGCACGGGGGACGAAGAGGACGUAAUCGAGGACGUCACCUCCAAGACGUUGAACACCCUGAUCGGAAACAUCGACAAUCUGGUCGUUCUGUUCUACGAUCACGGUGACGAGGAUUCUAUGCAGGUCCUGAACGAGUUGGAGAAGAUCGACGACGACUGCGACAAACACGGGAUUCAAUUCGUCAAGAUCGACGACGAGAAGGCGGCGGAGGAAUUCGGAAUCGACAAUCUACCCGCGAUCGUCUAUUUCGAGAGGCAGAUCCCGAAUGUUUAUGACGGCGACGUCGAGAACGAGGAUGAAAUUUUGGAGUGGCUGUUGUCGCAACUCGAGAAGGACGAGAUCGAGGACGUAACCGACGAGAUGCUGGACCGUCUCAUUAAGGACGGGAAAACCAUAGCCGUACUUUUCUACGACAACAACGAUCGCAAGUCCCAAAGGGUUCUCAACGAGCUCGAGAACAUCGAUGACGAGUGCGAUCAGCUCGGCGUGACGUUCGUUAAGAUCGACAACGCGGAAGAAUCGAAGGAGUACGGCAUUGAAAAAGUGCCGGCUAUGCUCUACUUCGAGAAGGGAAUUCCGAUGGUGUACGAGGGCAAUCUCGAGGACGAGGACAAGGUGUUGAAGUGGCUGGAGCAACAACAGAAGUCCGAUCAAAUCGAAGACGUCACCGACGAGAUGCUCGACAUGGUUAUCGAAAAGAUGCCGCACGUGGCUGUUCUCUUUUACGACAAGGAUCAAAAGAAGAGUCAGAAGGUGCUGAGCGAACUUGAGAACAUCGACGACGACUGCGACCAGCACAACGUGGCUUUCGUGAAAAUCAGCGACUUGGACGAGGCGAAGGAGUACGGAAUAAACAAUCUCCCUUGCUUGGUGCUCUUCGAACGGAAGAUACCGCACGUGUACGAUGGCGAUCUCUUGAACGAGGAUCAGAUACUGGGUUGGCUGUUGCAUCAGAAGAAACACUCCGAGAUCCCGGAAGUGACGGACGAAAUGGUCGAGAAGCUCGUCGAGCGUUCGCCGUACAUGGCAGUCCUGUUUUACGACAAGGACGACAAGCAGGACAUAAGAAUUCUAAACGAGCUCGAGAACAUCGACGACGAGCUCGAGAAGGAGGGCAUCGUCAUCGUGCGAAUAGACAACGACGCCGAGGCCAAGGAAUACGGUAUCGAUCAUCUGCCUACUCUGGUUUACUUCGAGGACAAGAUCCCGGCGAUAUACGAGGGCGAUCUUCUGAACGAGGACGAGGUGCUCGAGUGGCUGAUAGAACAGAAGAACAGCGCCACAAUCGAGGAAGUCACGGACGAGAUACUGACGGAUCUGAUUGACGAUCACGAAUACGUUGUGGUGUAUUUCAGCGGAAGCUGCGACGAAGGAGAAAAGUGCGACAACAUCCUCGACGACCUGGAGAACAUCGACGACGAACUGGACGAAAACGGCAUCAUAUUCGUGACUACCGAGGACACCAGCGUAGCGAAGAAAUACGGCAUCAAGCACUUCCCGACCCUCGGGUUCUUCAGAAACAAGGACAUGCUCCUCUACACCGGCGAUCUCGACGACGAGGACGAGGUGUUAUCCUGGAUCACGGACGAAGACACUUUGGAAAUUCCGGGAAAGAUCGAGGAGGUCAACGCCAGAAUGCUGGAGAACAUUCUUGACGAGAACGACUACGUCGUCGUCUUCUUCUACAAAGAAGGCGACAAGAAGAGCCAGAAGAUUCUCCAGGAGCUCGAAAACAUUGACGACGAGUGCGAGGAGAAGGACAUCGACUUCGUCAAGAUUUCCGACGAAGGUAUCGAGAAGGAGUACGAUCUUCCGGGACUACCGGCGUUGGUGUUUUACAGACACAAGUUCCGGCAGAUCUACUCGGGCGAUAUGAUGCACGAGGAAGAGAUCUUGGAGUGGGUUCUCGAGCUUCGCACAACCCAGCCGGAUGUUAUCGAGAGCGUCGACAGAAAAACAUUGCAGGUGCUCAUCAACGACGUCGAGCAUCUUGCCGUCUUCUUUUACGACGACAAGUGCGAAUCCUGCCCGGACAUACUCGAGGAAUUGGAAACGAUUGACGAUGAUACCGACAAGCACGGUAUUCAAUUCGUCAAAUCGAACGAUGCCAAACUCGCAGCUGAAAUCGGCGUUUUCUCCUUCCCGGCUCUCGUUUAUUACGAGACCGGAGUCCCCAUCAUGUACGACGGUAAUCUCCUCGACGAGGCUGAAGUACUCGACUGGAUGGUGAAGCAGAAAACCGACGAGAGCAUCGAAGAGAUCGAUCGUGACACUCUCUUCAAAUACAUCGAGACAAAAGAGUUUCUCGCAGUCAUGUUCUACAAAGAGGAGGAUCCGGAAAGUCCCAGAGUGCUCAGGCACAUCGAACUGAUUGACGACGAGGCCGCGGAGUACGGGAUAAAAAUCGUGCGGAUGAAGGAUCGGUUGAUGGCGAAGAAAUAUGGAUUCCGGGAUCCGCCUGGUAUCACUUACUUCCGCAAAGGUAAGAGCAUCAACUACGACGGUGACAUCGACGACGAGGAGGAGAUCCUCGACUGGCUGACCAAUCCGGAAAACAUGGAGCUCACCGAUCACAUCGAGCGCAUCAACAAGAAGAUGUUUGAGAAGGUUCGGCAAACGACCGAUUACCUAGCCGUAUUUUUCUACAGCAACGACUGCAAACAAUGCGGCCGAGUGUUGGCGGAGAUCGAGCACAUCGACGACGAGGCCGACAACGCCGGUAUCAAGUUCGUGAAGAUCGACGACAAACAACUGUCAAAGCAUUACGGCGUGUUCGCGCUACCGGCUAUAUUGUUCUUCAAAAUGGGCUCGAAAGAACCGGUGAUAUACGCAGGCGAUCUGUACGACGAGGAACAGAUUUUGCAGUGGCUGAUGACGCAGAAGGAUCCGUCCGGCGAGGUGAUCGAGGCAUUGGAAGGCGAGGAUCUCUUGAACCUGAUACGAGAAUCGGAAUCUCUAGCCGUGUACUUCUGGAACAGAACGCUUUGCGACAUGUGCCAAUCAAAGGCGUACCGCAAGCAGAUGCGCCACAAGCAGGACCACAAGAACGCGGAUCACGAGGGGCCCGAGGAUUCCGACGAUCCCGACGACUGUGCGCAAUGCGUGAGCAUUCUCGAGGAACUGGAGAACAUCGACGACGACUGCGACAGACACGGCAUCACGUUUGUCAAGACGCAAGAUUUUAAGGUAGCCGAGGAUUACGGCGUGACCGACUUUCCGGUAUUGGUCUACUUCGAGAAUCAAGUGCCGAACGUGUUCUCAGGUGAUCUCGCUGUGGAGGAGGAAGUUCUGCAGUGGUUGAUCACUCAGAGAACGGAGGAUCGUAUCGAACUGAUCACGAGAGUGAUGCUGGAAACGUCGGUCGAAGAGACUCAGUACUUGGCGGUUUAUUUCACUAAACCGAAUUGUCACAUAUGCGACGAAAUUCUGGAAGGUUUGGAAAAGAUCGACGACGAGUGCGACGUAUUUGGGAUUCACAUGGUGAAGAUUCAGGACCCGCAGCUAGCGAAGCGAUACUCGAUCAAGACGUUUCCCGCCCUUGUUUAUUUCCGGAACGGCAAUCCUCUUUUGUUCGAAGGUGAUCUUCAGAACGAAGAGUCGGUCCUCGAGUGGCUGAUCGACGACGACAACCGAGAACUGGCCGACGAAAUCGAAUCCGUCAAUGACAGAAUGUUGGAACGGCUUCUCGAAGAAUCUCCCUUCCUGGCCGUUUUCUUUUAUGACGAGGAUUGUCCGGAAUGUGACGAGAUUAUGGAAGCGUUAGAAAAAAUCGACGGCGAGGCGGAUCUCUUCGGUAUCGACUUCGUCAAGAUCUCCAGCACGGAGGCGGCCGAAAAAUACAACGUGCUCAAUGUUCCGUCUCUCGUGUACUUCCGGAAGAAAACGCCGCUUGUGUACGACGGCGAUCUCACCCAGGAAGACAAGAUACUUCAGUGGCUCACAUCCCAGGACGUGUUCGAGAUCAAGAACGAGAUCGAAGAAGUUAACAAAAAGAUGCUGGACAAGCUGCUGGACGAGAACGAGUUUCUCGCGGUCUUCUUUUACGAACAUGACAGCCAGGAGAGCGAGGACGUGAACGAGAAACUGGAGGAGAUUGACGGCGAGACCGACAAUCUGGACAUCACGUUCGUGAAAAUGGCGGAUCCCAGAUACGCUAGAAAAUGGGGAGUCACCAAGCUUCCCGCUAUUGUUUACUUUCGCAAACGAUUCCCUAGUAUUUACAGAGGUGACAUGCACAACGAACAGGACGUUCUCGAGUGGCUACGCAAGAAUCGAUACCGACAACCGGAACUGAACAUCUACAUGUACAUGCUGAUCGCGAUCGCGAUUCUCUUCCUCAUGUAUACCGGUUUUCUCCUGUCGUGUUUCCGCUCGGAACCGAGCGCGGUCGUCGCCCAUCCGAAGCAAGCAUGAGCUUUCGACACGAGCGCGUCUCGACACGGAAGUGACGGAAAAAAAAAAAAACAAAAAAGUAUAAAAAAGACAGGACUCGUGAACUCUCUCGCGCCUGUGCGUUGCUCCGCUCGGUAUGCUUGACAUGUACUUUUUUUUUUUUCUGAUUCCCGAGUAACGGCCACGUGUAAAUAAUAAGGAUUCGUUUGGAACGCGAACACACGCACGCGCGAUUUUGAGGGCGCUGUAUGUACAAGAACGACGUUAACAAAACAAUUGACCGCUUUGACAAAACAAACAAAAAAAAAAAGAACCAGCGAGCGACCUGCCUGCGCAAAGCACAUUCGGGCCGCUGUCAAAAAAAUAAAAUAAAAUAAAAAUAAAAAAAAAAUUAAACGCUAAUUGUAUACCGUGCGCGUUACCACUUAAUUAUAAUCGAAAUGUAUAAAUUAAUUGUAUUAUUUUUACUAUUACUUAAUUAUUGUUACUAUUGCGUUAGCGUAAUGACCACUGUAAGAUUUGACAGCGAUCCGCGCGUCUUUAGUUUUACGUACGGUAGCUCAUAUAUAUAUAGCAAUAUAUAUACACGUUUAUGGCACGCUCUUAGCGAUAAUGUGAGUUAUCGUUAACUCUUUCUCUUAAUUAACGAUCUUAUACGUGACACGGAGAAGGAAGAAAAGGAAGAGCUUAUUUUUAUACACUCAUCUUGCGAGGGGACUGAGAUAUAGUGUCAUCGUAAUAAAAAAAGUAGAGAAAAAACAAAAACCACCCUUGGACCAACCAAACUGUUAAAAUGCCAUUUCCAUCUCUGCCAGUUGUAAAUAGAAUUAUAAUUGUGAGCAUAUAUGCAAAUAAUGAUGCAUUGUAUGAAAAAGCGACUUUUUUCUUUUAUUUUAGAAAAGUAAUUAUUUAUUUUUCUUUCCCCUCCUCCGCCGACGAUCUCGAUCUUGACGUACGUCACACGGGGAUACGUGAGGAAAUCGAAAAACAAUAUUUUCUCAUCUUAAUUAAUUAAUUAAACACGUCGAUAUCAAAAUCGUCAGCCGAGAGGGGGGUGGGGCACUUUUUCAACAAUUAUAAGUAAUUACUUUUAGGUUUUUCGUUCGCAGGAUUAUUAAUAGAUUAAUGUUGUAUACACACACAAACACACACGCACACAUGUUAUUGUAAUUAUUUUGAAUACACAACUUUUUGACAACUCCGCAACGUAGGUUUGUGUAAAAAAAAAGUAUUUCUCGGGCACAUGUAUAAAAACACA